GCCAAAGUGUUACCAAUUUUAUAACCAGAAAAAUAGUUAGCAAAAGCUAUUUCGGAACACGCCAUUACUUUAUUGCGACAUUGCGUCUUUCGUGUGUCAAAAAAUUGUACGAGUGACGUAUAGAAUGUACAUCUCGAGUUUAUAAAUUAUGAAACAUUAAGAGCCUGAGAUUCCCGUGAAUGAAGAUUUCAAGGCUUAUAAUUGUAACGUUCAUCUGUGACCGACUGCUUUCGUAAUUAUCGUGUAAGAAAUAUAUCUGUACCGCAACUUUGUCUUCAAUCUUUGAACGAUUCGAAUACAUAUUGUAUUUUGUAAAUUUUUUCUUGAACAUUUUGAAAUGUCUACACGAUAUAUGAAAAAGGUUUAUGGAUGCGAUGUGAUUCCUGAGAAAGAGAAUGACAGUACGAGCGAUACGGAAAUUUCAGUGACCAACGACAUCAAGGCCAAGUCUUUCAACGUUUUUAAUGUGUUAAAUCAGAGCUCGGAUAAUGAUGAGCACAAUGACAGUGAUAAGCAAGAGGAUGUGAUUACAAAAGAUGCAAAUUGCAAUGAGACAAAACAGAGAAAGAAGAAAAGAAAGCGGAAGAAGCCAGAGAUCAUUAAGAAUCAGCUGCAAUGUAAUAUAGAAUGUGAUAAAGAGAUAGAUGAGAUUGAGCAAAGUAUAUGGGAGGUGCACCAGUUAUAUAGCGAACCAAUACCAAGUUGCAGUAAUCAGGAUGUAGAAUCGAGACAAGUUGAUAAAAAAUCUAAGGAAGAUGUAUUAACUGUACAGCGUAAACACUUGAAUCCUUAUAAUGAAAUGAAGAAAAUCUUUGGUAGUAAAACUGUACAAACUGAUCGAAAACAUAAUAGCCAACGAAAUAGAGGUCGUACUGGAUAUUUAAAGAAAACAUGGUUGAUAUCUCCACGAGAUAAUUGGCCACCAAUUUAUAAAUCUGGAUUAUCAAUGGUUUUGGAUCACUCAGUAGAAAUUAAAAGUAAUGAACAAUAUUUUGUAUAUGGACAUAGCCAUCCAUAUAGACAAACACAAUUGAAAUUCUUGCAGGCUGUUGAAAGUUCAAAUCCAGAGAACAUAAUGGGUAUAUUAUAUACACAUUCUUAUCACAUAGAUGCUCUUCUGCAAAUGGCUGAACUGUUUAAAUUGAGUGAAGAUUUGCCAAUGGCAGCUGAAUUUAUUGAGCGAGCUCUAUAUUGUUUAGAGUACGCGUUUCAUCCAUCUUUCAAUAUAACAACUGGACAAUGUAGAUUAGAUUACAGAAAACAACAGAAUCGUGCGCUUUUUAUAACAUUAUUUAAGCAUCUUGGAUUUGUUGGUGGACGUGCGUGUUACAGAACAAGCUUGGAAUUCUGUAAAUUACUUCUGUCAUUGGAUCCCGAUGGUGACCCGUUAGCGGUAGUAUUGCUUAUAGAUUUUUAUGCCUUGAAAGCAAAAGAAUAUGAAUGGUUUAUAGAGUUUUGUGAACUAUGGGACACAUCUAGAAAUUUAACUCAAUUACCAAAUAUAGCAUACAGUUUAGCUUUGGCUCAUUUUCGUUUGGGAAAUAAAGAUGCCGAUACACUUCUAGAAAAGGCGCUCAUGAUGUUUCCAGGUGUACUAAUGCCUUUACUCGAGAAAUGUAGCAUACAAACUGACACUAAGGUAAUGCAGCACAAUUUCUUUAAUCUCAAUGCACAAACCAGUACUCCACCAGCUUUAGAGAAGCUGCAGAAUUUAUAUGUAGCGCGUAGCUUUCAUUUUUGGAAAGAGGCAGAUAUUUUACCCUGGCUAGAGAAACGCGUACAUGCUGUGCUAAGUCAAGUCGAGUCUAAGGACGAAUGUGUCGAAUAUUGUAAACUAAAACGUAGCCAGCGUUAUCGAGGAAAUCUGCCAAGGAACAUUUUGAGACAUAUUAUAUUAGCGGAUAUAAAGGAAGUUACAAUAGAUGCCCGAGAAAUCCAGAACGAAGGUCCAGUGUUAUCGUAUGAUCCGUUACCGCCAAAAGACAGCAUUGAUAUUUAUUAUAAAAGAUCUAUAGCAUAUGCUAGGUUAGCUCACCAAAGACGCUCAAACUUUUUUUCUCUCUUUUUCACGUCACUUUUUGCGGAUAUUAAUGAAGAUGUAACAGCUGCUGCUUUAAAUGGGUUAAAUUUGUUCGAGGAAAAUGAUGAACAUGAACAUGCAUAAUAACGGCCUUUCUUAAUAAAACAAAAAUGGAACACUGAUAAGACAUACAAGUGCAGAUAUAAGUAACGCGAGUAAAAAUACAAGUAAUUAACAGAUUGUUUAAUAAAAAUCAUGAUAUAUUAAGAUUAUUUACUUUUCUUUAAAGAAACAAAACUAUCUU